AUGACUAAAGCUCAUGGACACGAGCAAGAAGAUGACGUGGAGAAGAUCGCGUACAGUCCAUCUUCAAGUACGACGAGAUCCAAAGCACCAGAAUCACCUCUAGAUCCACCUUAUCGCAGUAAAUACCUUUCAGAGUCAGAAAAUCAUGAUACUUUCGAUGCUUCACUACCUAUCUCAACAAACCCCAAGUCCCUAAAUCGACUAGGGUCUGUACAUCAUGCCCCUGGAUCUGCACAAAACUACUCCUCGGGUGAAAAAUUAGCGAGAAUGACAAGUGGAUUGUCACGGAUGUCGAGUCAUCGCGCAAUGGAGAUGGAGGAGGAUUUGAGAAGGCAUAUAUCGAUACAUGGGAAGAAGAGACAUUCAGGGGAUGUUCUGGAAGAUCGAGUGGUCGUGGAUCUAGGAGAAGGAGAGGAAGAAGUGAUUUUAGUGGACUGGUUAGCCGAUGACCCAGAGAAUCCCUUUAAUUGGCCGACUUGGCGCAAGUACUCGAUUCUUCUGACUGGCGUAUUUAUUACAUUCACUGGAGCAGCCUCGCUAGUUAGUGUCGGAAUAUUAAGCACCUGGGGAACUGAAUACUUCCACGUAUCGAGAGAAAUGUUCAUAUUGCAAUUAACACUUCCCAUGUUGAGCAUUGCAUUCACGCCUAUGGCCUUGGCGCCGCUGAGUGAGGUCGUUGGUCGUAAUGUCAUUUACCAGGUUACUUCAAUCUGUAACCUUCUUCUAUUCAUACCCCAAUGCGUGUCUAAAAACCACAACGGUGUUCUAGCUGCGCGAUUUUUUCAAGGCGCCAUGUCCAGUGUAGGCAAUUCCAUGGUCGGGGGCACCGUUAGCGACAUGUUCUUUCCUAAACAAAGAGGGACUGCCAUGUCAGUCUUCAGUGUGAUGAUCUUCUCGGCACAGGCAAGCGGGAUUCCUGCGCUCGGCUGGGUUGGACAAAAUCUUGGAAUAAGAUGGUCUUAUAUCAUUCAAACUAUCGCUGCUGGACUCAGUGUUAUACUGAACUUGGUCUUUCUGAAGGAAACUAGAGCAGAUGUACUCCUCUCGCGGCGAGCCAAGAGGUUGACCGAAAAGACGGGAAAGAAGCAUAUGUGUGCAGCCGAUUUGCAGAAGAGUAGCCUUUUCAGUGUGAUGAGGAUCUCUCUUGUCCGACCAUUCCAAUACCUGGCAACGGAGCCAAUCGUUACUGCCCUUUCGGCAUGGAUAGGCUUCGCUUGGUCUGUGGUGUUCAUCUUCCAAUCUUCUGUCAUUCUGGUGUUCGAAUCGUAUGGGUUUAAUCCAGCUCAAGCAGCAAGCUUUGAGGCCACCCUUGCUAUAGCUGCUGCUAUAGGUUUCACCUGUCAAUUCCAUCAAGAUCAUCUAUACAAUCGCUCAGCUCAAAAUAACGGAGGGAGAGCUCCACCUGAAGCUCGUCUAUACUGGGCAGCCUAUGGUGGAUUGAUGUUCCCCCUUUUCUGCUUCAUCUAUGCUUGGACGGCUAAACCAGGCGUUGUGCAUUGGAUUGUUCCAGCAUUGGCAUUGGUCGGUUCGUACGUCGGUGUUUUUAUGAUGUAUACCGGUGUCUAUACAUAUCUAGCGGAUGCUUACGAAACAUACUCUUCGUCUGCUCAAGCAUCUCAGAGCUUUGCUAGAAAUUUGCUCGGAGGUCUUUUCCCUCUUUUCACUGCUCAAAUGUACAAGGGAAUGGGGUAUCAAUACGCUAAUACCCUAGUGGCGUCUGUCGGCUUAGUCCUAUCUGCCGCUCCGAUAUUACUGAUUUUCUAUGGCAAAGCACUCAGAAAGAAAAGCAAAGUGUGUAGUACCUUGUUCAAAGAUGAAUGA